CCUUUUUUUUUUUUUUUUUUCUUCUGUAUUUGUACCAACGAUCCUUGCCUCCCUCUUUUCCCUUGUUUUUUUUCUUUUUUUUAUAAAUAUUGGUCUGAUGCUCAUCCGGUUCCUUCCGUUCCUGUCUCCCAAAUUUUCAUGCCGUGUAUUAUAUAUUAUAUAUUUACCUUAUUUUCUACUUAGUAUAUAUAGUAAUCUCUACAGCUCUAACCUACAUACGUAGCUUCAUGUUCUAUAUCCCCUACUAGGGUCAGAGUCAAGAGUCAGAAUUUGCAGAAGACCGAGUUUGUACAGUCCCCAUCCCAUGCCUUGCAUCAUAGUAGUUAUUAUACUCACUCCGUACUUAUACUUUAUAUCUCGACGCCACCGGCAAGGCUCACUCCAAUCAAUCACCCUUAUUCAUCUAGAAUAAUAAUGCUGGAAGUGGGACCUGAAAUAUCUUCACAAAAGAGCAGCACAUUUUGAAAAAAACCCACACUGCAAAUGAGGUUUUCAUAUUGGUGUUUCGCUGUGGCAUUUCCCCCCCCCCCCAAAAAAAAAAAAAAAAAAAAAAAGCCGCCCCAAGCCUCAAGCUGUUCAGCCACCACGCUGUGCCCCAGCCCCAGCUGCCAUUCCCAAUCCUGGACGCUUGUAACUACGUAAUAGGAGGCCCCGAAGCAGACUAGCCGAGUUGCAACGGUCGGGAUGGAACACAGGGAAAGUUUCUGGGCGCUGGCGCUGGCUGGCGCGUGUUUCCGCAGCCAAUGGACGGGGAGAUGCUUAUCUCUAGAUAAAUGGAGAGGAGAGGAGAGGAGAGGAGAGAGGGGAGAGGAGAGAGGAGAGCAGUGAGGAUGGCGGGGAGAAUAUAUAUAUAUAUAGAGAGAGAGAGAGAGAGAAGUUUAGAGGGGAGAGAGAGUCUGCGUUUCUGAUGAACGAACAAACUACCAUACAAUAAUAAUAUCAAAUAAAAUAAGCUCUCGAAUCUUGAAUAUCUGUUACGUCUUGAAAACUACCUAGCCCUCCUAGUUAGUUACCAAUAUUCAAUAUGGUUGGAAUUUUUCUUAACUUUUUCUGCUUCAAGGGAUAUAUAUAUAUAUAUAGGGUUCAGUGGAAGUGAAACAAGUAACUAUAUACACUACAUAUGUAUUAUUUUUACUUUUAUAACGGCGCGGGAGCUGAUCGAUAGACUUUUUUUCUCAUCCCCAGAUAAAUUUCAAACACAAAAGUUCCUUUUUUUUUUUUUUUUUUUGGGAAAUCCCCAUAGGCGUGUUGUGUUAUGUAUAGCCAUUGAAGAAUUUCCCUUCCUAUACGCAGUAGUUCUACCUACUAAACUUAAACAAAGGAACCAAGUACUCCGUAGUAGAGAGUGAGAGAGUGAGAGAGAGGGUUUUUGAUUUAUUAUUUAUUUAUUUGUUGCUGUGUUUUAGAACUAUUAGUUAAGUUAUUUACUACAUUUAUUUAUUUUUUUGCCUGUCCGUUUCGAAAUUUAUCCCCAAUAUCAUAUCCCAAUCUCCACAUCUCCACACACGCUGCAACUCCACCACCCAUCGUCAUCCUCAUCAUCCUCGCCAUCCUCGCCAUCCUCGCCAUGAGCCAGCUGGUAUAUGUGGCAAUUGAUUGUCUAGAUUCCCGCUUCGAGCUGAGUUAGGUUCGCUCAACCCUCGGAUACCCUCUUUACCGUCCGUCCCCAUCUCAAGAAUGCCCCGUCAAUAUUAUUUAUCAAUUCAACUAUAGCUAACUAGCUAGUUAGUAGUUAGAGGUUAUAGCUAGUUAGUUACCUGGCGCCGGUAGGUAGGUAGGAAUUAAAAUACCAAAAAAAAAAAAAAAAAAAAAAAAAAAAAAAAAAAAAAAAAAACAUAACGCAGAAGGGGAGAAGACAGAUAUAACUAUCUACUCCGCCCCCCGUUGAUGCCAAUCGGUUCCUUUCUCCCUUUCCUUGUUAUUUGGAAUUGAGAGCGAAAGAGAAUGGCUACAGCUGCUGCGACCAAACCAUCCCCAACUCCCCGCCCGCAACUCGCCCCGGUCUAGCCUCGAAUUCCGCUCUGACUACAACCCCCUCCACACUCCUGCUGUGCUGUGCUACGGUUGCUGCUCCGGCUAGCUCUAAUAGAAUUAAUAUAUCAAUAAAUAAUAACUUAUCAGUUUCUCGCCUGCCAUCAUUAUCACCUCCGCCCGCUGUGCUUUGGGGGGUAGUGGUAUCAUUCCCCCGCUCCACCUAUCCCGCCAACUACAUUCCUCACCCCGCCCGGAUAGCAUGCACCACAAAACACAUAGCAAACAAUUCAUCACAAUGAGCAAUCCCGCUCCUAACGGCUACCUUGUAGCCGCGGGAGCUGUUGCCCCUAUUGCGACAAGAACAUCAACAUCAACGACAACAACAACAACCACAACCACAAUCGCUAAUACUUCCACCACAACCGCAACAACGACAUCAGGAGCACCGAAAACUGCGGGGAGUUCCAUAGUCCUCUCUCCCAGACCCAUCUGUGACGCCUGUUAUAGGCGCAAGAGCAGAUGUGCCAUGAACGAGUCGAUCAAAAAGUGCUACUCGUGCGAUUUCCAUCGGCAGGAUUGUACGUUUAAUUAUCGCGUGCAGGCGCAGCAGGUACAGGCACAGAGUCAACUGGGCAAGAGGAAGUUUCAGGACGAACUUGGCGUGGGACCUGGCACUGAUGCUGAGGAGGAUGAGUGUGUUAAGCGGCCCGCUACUGAAAAACCGUACAUAGGGGUGGCUCCAGACUCCCCUCUUGAAGCCUCAUUUGCGACCAGCCAACAUAUCGGCAUGACAACAGAGCUUGAGCCACUCCUACUAGACUUUCUAACUCUCGACCACAACAACGAAAGCCCCUUGGCCACAUCCCGCGUGCGCAAAUGCGCCGAUGACGGAACCUUCAUGCGAGUGAUUGACGGCUUUCAUGCCCGGCAUGAACUUCACGCCAUAUCCAUCGAAACCAUUGAGAACGCGGUUAGCCCCUUUGGGCCCAUCCUCAUCGAUAAUUUCUUCCAACAUGCCAACCCGCCAUUUCCUGUGAUAAUGGAAGACGCCUUCCGUCAUUCGUAUCAGACGAGGCGGAAUUUGUCGCCCGUGCUGCUGGCAGCCGUGUACUUUAUCUCCUUGAAAUGGCUGGAUCAAGGGACGGAGGAUGCGAGCGUCCGACCAGGGUCAGGACCCGGCAUGCAGACGCUACGAAAACCGGAUGCUACUCGUCUGGAGUUGAUGGCUACACGAUUACUUAACGAAUCUCUCGUGCGACCGCACAUCUCCACCGUCCAAGCAGGUCUGCUCCUCUCCCAGAAAUCAACCCUAAACACCCCUACGCUAAUCACUCAGCUCGUGACUGCCGGCUACGAUCUGGGUUUGCACCAAGACUGCAGUAACUGGAAAAUUACUUCGUGGGAACGGGGGUUGCGCAAGCGGCUGGCCUGGGCCCUCUAUGUGCAGGAUAAAUGGUGCGCUCUCGUCCACGGCCGCCCAUCACAUAUCUUCGCAGCGAACUGGACCGUGGAGGAAUUAACGUCGGCCGAUUUCACGGAUAUGCAUUCUUCAAGAAAUUGUAGCGAUAACGAUAACAUUAAUGACAGGAGGGAUCUGGAUAUUUCUUCAUCUGCAGGCCCAGGUGCCGUCUUCUUCAGUCACUUCGUCACUCUAACUGCCAUCCUCUCCGAAAUCCUCGAUACCUUCUACACCCUCCAAGCCACCUCUGAAUUCUCCGCGGCGGGCCCGCAACGAACCCGAAUAAUCCUCGAGCGGGCAAAACCUAUUCAAAUCCGUCUAAAACAGUGGUUCACGUCUCUACCAGAUGAGUUGAGGAUGGACCAUCACCAAUACCCCGUAAACACUAACAGCAGCAAUUACCCCAGCGCCGACCUGAUGAGUGUAGAUUCAAUUAUAAAUACAAUUACAAACAACACAAACCACUCAAACUUCAACGGCGGCCUACACCUCGCCUACUUCGCCACCGAAAUAACCCUUCACAGAACCAUAAUCCGCUCUCUAGGCCCGGACUCCGCAGAUCCAUAUCUAUCACACAUCUGCCGCUCAGCGGCAAAAACGCGACUAAUUUCCGCCAUGGACUUUGUCAACAGAUUGCGUCCCGCCAAUUUACGGUCAUUCUGGCCAUCAGCAUCCCGGGCAAACUUCGCGCUAAUCAGUUCGUUUGGCAUUCUGCUGCGGGCCACGGCGCUGACGAGGGAGGAGGAAGAGUUUUAUCGAAUGCGUCUGGGUGAAUAUCGGUGGACGCUUAGCGUGAGUUGUAAAGAUGCGGAGUUUUUGGCUGGAGCGAUUGAAGGGUUGGAUAUGGGGAUAUGUUUGCUGAAUAACGUGCCGCCGAAGAGGGGAUUGGACGAGGUUGUGGCGGACGGUUAUGGAGAUGGAUAUAGGGGUGGUGAUGGCGGCGGCGGCGGUGGUGGUGGAAACGGUAAUGGGAAGGAGAAUGGGAAGGAGAAUGGGAAGGAGAAUGGGAAGGGCCUCAGUACUUCUACUGCCAUCCCCAAGGCGGACGAUGAGAUUAAUAUCAUCGUCGAGGACAAGGCGGGGUUGGAUGUCGAUCCGGAGCUCGAAGAGGAGAUGGAGCAGCUCGAGGCGAUGGAGCAGCUCGAAGCGAUGGAGCAGAUGGAUGAAGGGGAAGAUAUCUAUUCCUUCUCCUCCGGCGAGUAUUCAGAGGAAUAUCCCCGCCCGUCGAACCUGGGCGGCAGGCCCAGAGGCAAGAACGGUAAUCCCUGCUACAAGCGCGGUCACCACCGUCAUCAUCAUAAUGAUAGUCACCUCCAAGGCGCGGACCGCAGUGGCAGCACCGGCUUGUUUCCGGAUAACGCCUAUACCAACAUAGACGUACCACCCAUGGACAUCCCAAAACUACACGGCGCCCGUGAGUUCGCAAGCCGGAACCUGAACAGGAGAGGAAACAACAACAACAACAGGAACCUGGAACCUGGGCCAGGGGAAUCGGAAUGCCAGCGUCCAUACCAACACCAAUGCCAGUGCCGGUGUUGGUGAUCGGAGAUCCAGCUCGUUGCCAUCUGCUUUUCUGGGCUCGCGUCGCCGGCGACGUCAAAUGGAAGGCGAGAGAGGGAGAGUGGAAAGGAGGGAGCAGGAGAUAGAUGGCCACAGACGAUGUUCGAGACGGACGGCUUAUUUAUAUAUCUGGAUGCCGUAUGUCGACGGAGGGGUGAGUGUUAGGGACUUUGCGUGUUGAACUAAUAUAUAGGGCGUAGCUCUGCGCUGGCGUGUUGGCUUUCUUUCGGUUGACUUACCUACUACUACCCCCCCCCUUUUGCGUUUUAAAAUAUAGAUUGUGUUUUACAUGGUUGGGUGUUUUUUCUGGCACUUUUUUUUUUUUGUAUAGUCGCACGGCGUGUAUAUAUUCUUAAGAUAAGUCUUCAUUUCGUCGUCUCAUAUUCCCCUGCUUCUUGCUUUGAUCCCCAUCUACUAUGUAGAUUGCAGCUAUCACUCACGAAAUUAAUGAGAUAACCAAACCCCAGAAUUUGAACCAUUUUCCCUCAGAUCCACCCACUAGCUAUUAUCGAU